CCCUCCGCCGCCCGGGGAGGCGGCGGGACCAUGGCCGCCCGGAGGGACUCGGCGUGGCAGUGCUGGUGGGGGCUCGCCAUGGUUUUCCUCAGGACCGUCGUGUCCCGUUCCAUCGUCCUGGAACCCAUCUACUGGAACUCCUCCAACCCCAAGUUUCUACCAGGACAAGGACUGGUACUAUAUCCACAGAUAGGAGACAAACUGGAUAUUAUCUGCCCAAAGGUGGAUUCUAAAACUGUUGGCCAAUAUGAAUAUUAUAAGGUUUAUAUGGUUGAUAAAGACCAAGCAGAUCGAUGCACUAUUAAAAAGGACAACACACCUCUGCUCAACUGUGCCAAGCCAGACCAAGACGUUAAAUUUACCAUCAAGUUUCAAGAGUUCAGCCCUAACCUCUGGGGUUUAGAAUUUCAGAAAAACAAAGAUUAUUACAUUAUAUCUACAUCAAAUGGGUCUUUGGAGGGCCUGGAUAACCAGGAGGGAGGGGUGUGCCAGACAAAAGCCAUGAAGAUCCUCAUGAAAGUUGGACAAGAUGCCAGUUCAGCUGGGUCAGCCCAAACCGAUCCGACCAGACGCCCAGAAAUAGAAGCUGGCACCAAUGGAAGAAGUUCAACAACAAGUCCAUUUGUAAAGACAAAUUCAGGUUCUAGCACAGAUGGCAAUAGUGCUGGACAUUCUGGGAACAAUAUCCUGGGUUCCGAGGUGGCCUUAUUUGCAGGGAUCGCUUCAGGGUGCAUCAUCUUCAUCGUCAUCAUCAUCACUCUGGUGGUUCUUCUACUGAAAUACCGGAGAAGACACAGGAAGCACUCGCCACAGCACACGACAACACUGUCACUCAGUACGUUAGCUACUCCAAAGCGUAGUGGCAAUAACAAUGGCUCCGAGCCCAGUGACAUUAUCAUUCCACUAAGGACUGCAGACAGUGUUUUCUGUCCUCACUAUGAGAAAGUCAGCGGAGAUUACGGGCACCCGGUCUACAUAGUCCAGGAGAUGCCUCCUCAGAGUCCAGCAAACAUUUACUACAAGGUCUGAAAGAAUGCUGUGGCAUCCCUUUGAUUUCCCAGAGGAAAACCUACCGGUCAGAUGCUUUCAUUCCGUUGAGGGGUUUUGGUGACACCUGGUGCGAUAGGAUUGACUGAAGCACAGCGGGCGGAGAGUAGUGCCCCAUCUCAGAGAGCCUGUUUGAGCUGGACAGCUUAUCUAGUCUGUAGAAUUUCUGUCUCGGUGAAUAAUUGUUCACCCGAAGCUGGAAGAUGUGCUGUAGAAGAUACCCAUUCUGACGGCCGUACUCUUGUUACAUUCAUCAUCCUCUAAGCCAUGCACUGCAAGCAUUCAGGCAUGUUCAGAAGCCAAGGGAAGAUGGAGUGAGUUGGGAACCUUAAUAGUUCUAGUCAUCCUGGGAACGUGCUCUAGGAUAUCAAGCUUGAAAUGCAAUCUUCUGACUGUGUGUGUUUUUUCUCUCCGCGCAUACUGGAUUUGUCGCACAGACUCCGGCGAUUCAGUAAGACUUUAAAGUUCUCUUGCUUUUAGUCCAUCACUGUUACACAUCUGUUAUCCAGGUUCUGCCAUCCUUCACGUGAGACUCGCUUUUUCACUCCAUACCGUGCGUCACUAACGGAACAUUAAUGUUUGGAGUCCCGUGCUCUGCGCCCCACUUGCUGCAGUAGCCACGGUUGAAUGGGUAAUACGCUUAUAGGACUUGUGUUUGCCAAUAAGGAGCCUUCCAGACAGACGAUAGGCUGUCAGCAGAGUAAAACUAGGAGCCUGUGGAUGGGGGUUAGAGGGGAGGGCUGAAUGGAGUUGCAGCGAAAUGCUGCCGCCUCAGAAACAAAGCUGGAACGAAGAACAAUGUAGGUAGCACAGCACUUUGGUUUGCUAUGUUUCAAGAGGCGAGUAGGAGACACAACAACACGCGCAGUGGAUAGGGGCGGAAUUUGAAGGAAUUCACUGUUAUCAGAUAGCAAUGUGCAGAAAAGAAAUAGACCCUCUUCGUUCCAUAGAACAAAAGGGUGUUGUUAGUAAAUGAACGAGCUUGGAGGACCGGGCAAUAGUAGGCCGCUGAUGAUAUAUUAGGGCAGGACUGUUGUGGUACUGGCAAUAAGUUAUACAGCUUUGAAGCUGUAAGAAAGUCUUAGUCUGCUUCGGAAGUUUUUUUUUUUGUUUGUUUGUUUUUUAAGCAGACUCAGCUGCUAUACUUAUCACAUUUUACUAAACACAGGGAAAGCAUUUCGGAGAAGAGCAGAGAGAGCCAGAUCUGACCUAGGGGUUCGAAAGUCAAAUGUUAAAUGGACAGUAGCUUCAUCACCACUGAUGUGAUUAAAGGCUUCUCAUAUAUAAAAGGUCAGAUAAUACACCUUCUUCUACCCCCUCUCCUUCCCUUCCACCGCCUUUCUGUGCCCCCCCCCCCCCCCACUCCAGUUGAGCCUUUAGACACUUUGGUUCGUAGCGUGCUAUUUCUGCAUCGGGCAGCGUAGGUACUGUGCCUGACCCAGCAGUCCAAACUGUUCUCUGUUUCAAAGUAAAGCACAUAUGGCAAACCUCUUACCGUCCAUGAGACUGAAAUAAAUUAUGAGUUUUUGAGGGGGAGAAGAUAGGACUUAUUUAUAAAAGGUGUAUAGAACACAAGGGAUAUAAAAAAAAAAAAAGAUUUUUUACUAAUAUAUAUUUUAGGAUGGCACAGCAUACACACCAGAAGAUGUGACCAUUCAUUUCUAGCAAUGAAAAAGUAAAAUUGGACAACUGUGCUUCUGGGGAAAAAUAACUUUAAUCCAAAAAUAACAAUAAGGAGAGUAAACACAAAAUUCACAAAGUCCUCUGAAAGCAUCUCACAGAAACAGUAGACUGGGAAAUACAAGCCCCCAAAUACCGGGAAAUCAAUGUUACUGCAUCAUCUGUUUAACAACGACAAGAUGUUCUGGCAUUUAUUGUCUGUGUUUGUGUUUUCCCUUGCCUUUCAGGCUGAAGUGUUCUUUAGACUCCAGUAGGUCACAGAGUGGAGGUUUCAAUUACAAUUUUAGAUUUGCGCAAUUCCCCCUCAACUCCUCACCACUCCCCUCCGCCCACCCGUUUACCCCCCCCAAAACACUUUCCCUGUUUAAAAAAAAAAAAAAAGUAAACACAAAACCUACUUUGUGCUAUGCAAAAUAGACAUCUUUAACGUCGUCCUGUUACUAUGGUAACGCUUCGCUUUCUGAAUUGGAAGAAAAAAAGAAACUGUAGCAACAGCAUUUCAAGGUUCUCAAACCUCCAGUGAGUACCUGCAAAAACGAACUGUCACAGAAAUGAUUUUUCUCUCUAUUUCCUAAACCUGAAAAUUACAUUAGUCCAAAAGUAUGUGAGUGCGUGUGUGAGUUUGGUGUAUGUGCACAUAUAUGUAUAAUAUAUACGACAUAUAUAUUAUAUAUAUUGUCUGUGUAAGGUAGCCAUGGUGACUAACCACAGUACAUAUGUAGGGUAUGGAUUUGGGGGGUUUGAAAAACAGUUACCCCAUAAUUAGCACGUCUUUUCAACCGGAGUAAAAUCAUGUUUGGAUUUUCAUUCUUUUUUUUUUUACAUUUGGGCUCUGUUUUCUUUCUUUAGAAGUGAUUGUACCACCUGAUCAAGUUAGUCCUGGCAAAACAAGCCGGAGGAGGGAGGGGUUGGAAAGAGCAAUGGAGGAGAUGACAUGGCAGAAGUUUCUACUGCUGGGGCAGCCCACAGCCCUAGGGUGGCUGCAGGGCCAGGGCAUCAUCAAUCGUAUUUAUUGAGCGCUUACUAUGUGCAGAGCACUGUACUAAGCGCUUGAAGGGAAGACGGGAGGCGGACCCUGCCCCUACAUUUUCUAGUCUUCUGCCCCUGGGGACUGCUGGAGGCAGGAAGGGUUGGGGUAGAAAUGGAGAGGAGGGACAUAGGAUUGGAAGCGUGCAGCCGAUGCACGGAGCUCUGUAGGGAGACGUACCCGACUGUUGGAGAGUGGAAAGGGGCACACCUGAAUUGUGGAAAACAUAAAAAUGGGGGCGGGAUAGAAAUGGGUCCAGAUAGGAUGAAACCUGAAAAAUCCAUAGCCUAAGCAUAUGCAGUUCUUUCCCUUUCCCCACCCUUUAUCUGUGUGAAUCUAAACAAGAUUUGCUUGUAAGCCAUUAGGAUUUCAUUUGGAGGGUGGGAAGAGGAGUGAAGAGAAAGAAUGAAAUCAAAUUUACGAAUCGUCCGUUGGCUACGUUUUGGUUGUGUAUGAAACUGUGAAAAAUCAGACGAAUUGAUGAAGAGUAAACUACAACCAAUUGAAAAAAAAAAGUGUACCGUGCGUCUUUUGUGUCUGGUGCAGAAUAUGACAAUCUACCAACUGUUCCUUAUUUGAAGUUGGUUCAGCUUUGGAAAGUUACUGUAAAUGCCUUUGCUUGUAUUAUCGUCCCUAGUCACCUGACUUUGGAAUUUGCACCAUCAUGUUUAAGUGAAGAUGCUGUAAAUAGAUUCAGAUUUACUGUAUAUGGAUUUGGGGUGUUACAGUAGCCUUAUUCACCUUUUUAAUAAAAUACACAUGAAAAAAGACAGAAAUGGCUUUUCUUAACCAGAUUGUGUACAUAGAGCAAUGUUGGUUUUUUAUAAAGUCUAAGCAAGAUGUUUUGUAUAAAAUUUGAAUUUUGCAAUGUAUUUAGCUACAGCUUGUUUAAAGGCAGUGUCAUUCCCCUUCGCACUGUAAUGAGGAAAAAAAUGGUAUCAAAGGUUGCCAAAUUGCUGCAUAUUUGUGCCGUAAUUGUGUACCAUGAAUAUUUAUUUAAAAAUUUCUUUGUCCAAUUUGUAACACAGUAUUAUGCUUGAGUUAUAAAUAUUUUUUCUUUCCUUUUUUUUUUUAUAGCCUGUCAUAGGUUUUAAAA